GUAGGUAUCUGGGGCAUUUAGAAAGUAUAAAUCGGACUGGUUGUAAUAAGCUGUCAACCUGCUGUAUUCUAAGCAGAUAUUUCCUUGAUUGGUAGUCCAAUGUCAUAAGGUGUAUUUCCACCUGCAUGAAAGUCCAGGUGCGAAGCACAUCGUGAAUCUAGUUUGGAAGUCGCAACCACAAAACCCCAUACCUUCCAAGGUUCCUAAACGAUACCUACAGCACAGCGUAGCAAACAAGUCCGAAGUCCUAGAACUCAUUCCAUUCCUCAUCCUCCCUAUUCCAGAAUUGUGUCUUCCAUUUCGAUCGAGACGCACCAGGUUGGCUGAUAUUGGCAACAUGACUGACCCUCUACUAAAACGUCGACGCCUAAGCAAUGGGAAUGACGAUGUGUUAGGCAGUUCUGGCGACGCUGAACGAGCCACUCCGUCUUCUCUUUCUCAUCCCAUCAGCCCUCCAAGGAAGAAAAUGAAGACUGAAAGGAAAAUCUUAGCAUCACCGUUCCGACUGACAUCAAUCAGGGACCUCUCUGAUACCGACAAUGUAGAUGCAGUAUCGCUGAGCGACUUAGUCGGCGACCCUCUUAUUGCCGAGCUGUGGGAUUUUAACUAUCUGCAUGAUGACUUGAAAGUUGACUUUCUGAUGGAACAUCUCGACGAGGAUACAAGGGCUCUGACUAAAAUCCACAUUGUUCACGGGUUCUGGAAGCGAGGGGAUUCUAACAGGUUAAUGCUUCAAGAACAAGCAAGACAGCACCCAAAUGUCACUCUUCACACAGCUUAUAUGCCUGAGCUGUUUGGCACCCAUCACUCUAAGAUGCUCGUGCUCUUCCGGCACGAUGAUACAGCCCAGGUUAUCAUCCACACUGCGAACAUGAUUGCAAAAGAUUGGACAAAUAUGACCAACGGUGUCUGGAUAUCACCAGUACUUCCCAAACUCCAGUCACCACCGCAAGAGGCCAGCACAUGUGGGGCUAUAGGCAGCGGACCACGUUUCAAGUUCGACCUACUAAACUACCUUCGGGCGUAUAACGAAAGACGAAACGUCUGCGAGUCCUUAGUUGAGGACCUCGCAAAAUACAAUUUCUUUGCUGUCCGUGGGGCUUUAGUAGCAAGUGUGCCAGGGAAGCAAGACGUCGAACUGGCACCAGAGGUAACUUGUUGGGGGUGGCAGGCGCUACGGCAGACCUUAAAAACUGUGCCGUUACAAGCAGGGGCGUCGGAGAUCGUUGUGCAGAUAUCAUCGAUUGCAACGCUGGGGAUAGACGAUACAUGGUUACAACGUUACCUCUUUGACUCGCUCUCAACCUCACGUCCUCCACGCCGGGAAGAAUCAGCUACUAGACCUAACUUCAAGAUCGUUUUUCCCACCCCGGACGAGAUCCGUCGAUCACUGGACGGGUACGCAUCUGGCGGCUCGAUCCACACAAAGAUCCAGCACCCAAUACACAUGAGGCAACUCCGAUAUGUCCGGCCAUUCUUCCAUCACUGGGCAAAUGACAGUUGUAAAGGGGGAUUAACAAACGCAUCCACAUCAAACGACAAUGCCAGAAUCUCAGGCCGGAAACGGGCAGCACCCCACAUCAAGACGUACAUAUGUUACGGCGCCAAGUCAAUCGACUGGGCUCUCCUCACCUCGGCCAACCUUUCAAGGCAAGCAUGGGGCGAAGCCACCAACAAACUCGGAGAAGUGCGCAUAGCCUCCUGGGAAAUCGGUGUUCUGGUUUGGCCAGAGCUGCUGACGGGUGACCCAAAGGCGACAAUGGUAGGCACGUUCAGGACGGACGAGCCAAGCCGAGAGGAGUAUAGCGAUAGUGAUGAAGACUCGCCUAUCGUGGGACUCAGAAUUCCGUAUGAUUUACCCUUGCAAAAAUACGGGGAUGCAGAGGUACCGUGGGUGGCAACAAUGGAGUAUACGGAGCCAGACUGGAAGGGGCGAAUGUGGCCGGGCAAUUGA